CACUCUGGACUUCACUUGCUUACCACUGAGAAACGCCUGCAACAUCCUUGCAUCAGUUUUGCGCUUGGACCGUGCCUGGCUAGGUCAGCCUAGUGCUCGCACGCUUCAAUUUGUAGGCAGCCAUAAUGUCCACACAAGACCUAGAGGGCAAGACUGCCCUUGUGACCGGCGCAACCAGCGGCAUCGGCCUCGAAACCGCCGCGGCGUUGGCAAGUCGGGGGGCGAACGUGAUUCUGGGCGUGCGCAACACUAAAGCUGCGGAGGAUGUGGUGAAGCAGAUCCAGGAGCGGUACCCCGGCGCCAAGCUGGUGGUCGGGCCGUCCCUGGACCUUCUGUCCCAGAAGAGUGUGAAGGAGUUCGCGGACUGGGUCAACAAGACGUUCCCGAAGCUCGACAUCCUGGUCAACAACGCUGGUGUGUCCUUCAUGCAGCGCACCAUGACGCCGGAGGGUGUGGGCGGCAUCGCCCAGACCAACCACCUGGGCCCCUACACGCUCACGCGGCUGCUGGAGAAGAAGCUGGUGGCCAGCAAGGCGCGUGUGGUGACGGUGGCGUCGGUGACGCACCGCACCACGGUCAUGAAGGACGCAAAGGCCUUCCUCACGGACUGGCGCUCCGGCUACUACCAGCACUCCAAGCUGGCCAACGUGCUGUUCGCGUACGAGCUGCAGCGGCGGCUGGGCAACCACGGCGUCACCUCGUGUGCCGCGGACCCUGGCGGCGUGCGCUCGCACAUCUGGGACACCAGUCCCAUGUUCAAGAAGGGCUGGAAGAAGACCAUCAUCGACAUGUGCUACAGCCCGCCUGUGGACGGCGCCAAGGCCGUCAUCCACGCCGCCACCGUGGACUGGGCCAAGGACCGCCGCACCGUCAACGGCACGCCGGUGCUGCCCGCAGACGACCUGCGGUACUACUCUCGCGGCCUGUUCACGGCGCCCACGCUGUGUAACCUGGACGGCUACACCGGCAAGGGGUUCGGCACCGGGCAGCAGAUCAAGGGCACCCUGUGGGGCCUGUCCACGCUGUUCACCAGCCUGUGGGACUGGCCGCUGCGCAAGCUGAGCGGCGGGAUGCUGGGCGGCGCCACCAGGCCGGUGCGCUCCGCCACACAGAGCUACGACGCCAAGCUGGCGGCGGAGCUGUGGGACGCCAGCGCCGAGAUCGCCGGCGUGCCGGCGCAGCCCGCGGUGUAGAGGCCUCGCCACGCGGCAGGGCGCGGUUUGGGGCAGGUAGGCCCAGUGGGAACACCUGCGCGGUUGUUGGCGUGAGUUUGGGAUGGUAGUACGGCAUUGAGUAUGUGCGAUUGGGCGCAUGGCGAAGUUGGGGUGGCAUUGGCUGGCAGCGGUGGGCGGAGCUGUGGGGAGACGUAAGAGAAACGGUCCGACGCAUGGAGGUUUGCGUUGAGCGCUGCGCGUUGGCUGGCAAGUGUUGGCGUUGAGCAAACCAGCGCGUGUGCAGGGAUUGCGAGCUGCUGUGAAUGACAGGGUGUUGCUGGUUGUUGUGCGCUUGCGCAAAAUGCUACAAGAUGAAGCAGCGGUUGGGCCAGUGAGCAUACGCUUUGGGCGGCGACACGUGGGCAAUCUUGCAGUGGUGUGGCCCAAGGCGACAGGCGAGUCGCGGCAAUAGGCAGGUAGGCGUAAGGCGCAGCGCACCGCAGCAUAGGUGUGAGCAUUGGGAGACACGCUGUCAAGGUUGCUGCUACGUUGCUGCUGAUACGACUUGUUGGUUGGCGUGUGGCGUCCGAGUGAUGCGCGCCCUCCGUAGGGAAGUGCGUGUGGCAGAGGUGGUGUGGUGCAUCUGGUGCGCUCGCCCGGUGCUGGUCAGAGAAGCUCAGCCCGGGAGCCUGUUGCCGAAGGGAUUACUGUCUACAAUAAUCUGAAGGCGCAGGUCGACAAGGGCUAAGGUGUUCUGGAAGCUUCAGGGAGCGGCGGUUACGGUGGCCGGUGGACUAAGGCAAUCGAGCAACACGAUAGGAUUGCCCCCGCUGAACAUACGGUACACGGAUUGCAGGUCACACGCAUAUGCAAAUAUGCAAUUAAAAGCCG